AUGUCUACAGUGGCAGAUCUUGUGCAGCUUGAUGACUUCCAGAACAUCUUCUCGCUGAAAGGGAAGGUUGCGGUCAUCUCUGGCGGGUCGCGCGGAUUGGGUCUUCACACAGCAAGCGGUUUUCUCCAGUCAGGAUGCUCCCGCGUUUACAUAGUCGCCCGCAGCGAGGGCCCUUUGAACGAUGCCGCGAAAGCCCUGAAUGCCCUCCCCAACAUAAGCCCCGACGCACAAGCGAUCGCGAUCGUUGCGGAUAUAUCAACUCAGGUAGGAUGCAUUCAGAUGGUCGAUGAAAUCAGCAAAACGACGGACCAUGUUGACAUUUUGGUUGCCAAUGCCGGUGCAACUUUUAUUGGGCACAUGGACGCUUACCGAGAGGAGGAUUUCGACCGGGUCAUGAGAAUGAACGUCAGCAGCGUGUUUUUCUCGGCUCAAAAAUUAUCUCCGUUGCUUCAGGCCGGCGGCACUGUCCAGGACCCAUCCCGGAUCAUCAUGGUGUCGUCAGUGGCGGAUGUCGUUGUCGGGGACAUGGGUGAGCAUGGGACUUACGCAUAUGCCGCUUCCAAGGCAGCUCUUGUCGGACCAGGCGUGACUCUAGCCAUGACCUUCACAAUGCCUGAGUCUCCGAGAUGGCUUGUCAGACAUAGUGCUUCUGAUGAAGCUCUGCGAAUCCUCGCGAGAUAUCACGCGAAUGGCGACGUAGACGACCCGCUCGUUCGACUCGAAUAUGAAGAGAUAAUGGAAACCCUCCGUGCCGAUGAGCUCAACUCCGCGACCAAAUACACCGACUUUUCCCUACCAAACAAUCGCCCUCGGCUGGUUUUGCUCGUCGCCAUUGCCAUUGGAACAAAUUGGGUUGGAAACGGUAUCAUAACAUACUACUUAUCGACUAUUCUGAACACGAUUGGCAUUCGGUCUACCGAACAACAAGCUGGACUGAAUUUGGGAUUACAAAUCUGGAACCUGAUUCUCUCAACGUCAGCAGCACUCUCUGUCGAUCGCGUCGGACGAAGACCUCUGUGGCUCACCUCAACCGUAGGCAUGCUCCUCUCCUUCAUUGUUGUCAUGGGACUGUCUGCAGCCUACGACACUCAAGGCCAGAGGAAUGCAGUAGGGCUUGCAGUCAUCCCCUUUUUGUUCGUCUUCUUCGGAUUCUACGACCUCGCCUGGACCCCAUUGUCGUACAUGUACACGGUCGAGAUCCUCCCCUACAACCUACGCACUAAAGGGCAGGCAAUCUUCAGCGUUGUUCAGGGACUCGCAAAUGCCGUCAACCAAUGGGUCAACCCAAUCAUUCUUGACGCAAUCCACUGGAAAUAUUACGCGGUUUACAUUGGAAUUCUGGCCUUUUACUGCGUCAUCAUCUAUCGGAGAUUCCCAGAGACGAAGGGACUGACCAUCGAGGAGAUUGUAAUCAUCUUUGAUGGAGAUAGAGCCAAAGGUGUCAGCCCUACCGCGCGAGUUGUCCGAGACGAGCCUCGUGUCAUGGGCGAUUGUCACUCAAUUCGGUCCGAGCAUGCGGACGAUAUAUCCAUCAAACAAAAUGGUAUGGAGGGCAAGAGCAAUGGCAACGUCACUGCAUCUGAGCGAGUGUGA